AUGGAAUCUAUACAAGAAAAAGCCAAAAAAGCUGAUGAACGUAUUCAACAAUUAAAAUCACUUAUUUCUAAUAUCGGUACGAGACAACUCGACCCAGAAGUAUAUUAUAACGUACUUCAAGAAGAAAAUAAACGAUUAAAAAGUCGAGUACAAAGUCUUGUGAAUGAAUUAACCUCAUUAGAGAAUCAACGAGGAGUAACACAACAAUAUGAUUUCGUAAAUAAAGUUCCUAAGGCUCCCGCUGAAUCUAAGCAACAAGCCGAAACUCCACAAGCAACACCAGCCGCAGCAGCAGCAGCAACAACAACUACAACAGAAUCUUCUGCUAGUGGUGAGCAAUCAAAAGCUAAAGAUAAAAAAGAAAAGAAAAAGACAGCUGCCAAAGAAGAAAAACCAGCAGCUAAUACUGCAAUCGAUAUAUCACGAUUUGAUUUACGUGUUGGAAGAAUCGUUUUAGUUGAAAAACAUCCUGAUGCAGAUUCUUUAUAUGUUGAACAAAUCGAUCUCGGUGAAGAAAAACCACGAACGGUUUGUAGUGGUCUUGUUAAACAUAUGCAAACAACUGAUCUCGAUCAAAAAUUAGUUAUUGUUUUAUGUAAUUUGAAACCAGCAAAAAUGCGUGGAAUUAUGUCUGAAGGAAUGGUUAUGUGUGCAUCAACAGCAGACAAAGUUGAAUUUCUUGAGCCACCAAGUGAUAGUAAACCCGGUGAUCGAAUUGAAUGUGAAGGUUAUGAUUGUAAAUCACCGGAUGCUCAAAUAAAAAAAGAAUUAUCUGAUCAAAUUUUACCUGAUAUGAGCACAAAUGAUAAAGGUGAAGCAACAUUCAAAGGAAUCUUAUGGACAGUAGGCAAUGGUAAAAAUGUUAUUAAAUCCAAAAGUCUUGCAAAUGUACCUAUUAAAUGA